AUGCCUCAUCGCAAAGUCAAACACCUCGUUCGAGUAUGCCGCCGAUUCUACCGUCGUAUUCGUCGUCCUGUCACCAAAUUGUACAAGAAACUACCGUGGACUACUCGCGAGACUCUACACGUGCUUGUCAGUCUCUACGUCGUGCUCUACCUUUUCCUGACAAUUCCAUUCCGCAUCGCGUUCUACUACGAACCGUUAGAAACACAUUCAAGGAAUCAAUGGACCAAGGAGCUGAGCAUCUUCACGACGCUCGACAUCGUCGCAGACGUCGUCGGGUUGAUGGAAUUCGUGAGCUUUUAUCAGAUCUGGAAGGACGCGUUCUCGCAGCUCUCGGCGUCUGUGAGUUUCGAAUUAAACAAGAAAUUGACACGAGAUGCGAAUCGAUUGAAGACGCCAACGAUUUUGCGCCGCACGCCUUCUAGCGGACUGCGGCGACGGAAAGCCAAGUGGACGAUCGCGUCGAUUGGACCGUUAUCGUCGAUUCCUGGAGCUGGAACGGAGGACGCGAGCGCUGAACGUCGAUUUGUGUUGAUGCGGAAUAUCGAGCUGGCGAUGGAGAUGAUCGGAUUGCUACCCACAGAGGUAAUACCGAUGUCGAUGGGAGCUUAUAACACCUUGCAUUUGGCUCGGAUUACGAAGCUCGGGAGGAUAUACCGACUACCACAGUGUUUCGGGCGGAUCGCAAACAUUUACUCCGAUCGAUCCUGGGUUCAGCACCUCUCGUCGACAGGUAUUGACAGUCUGGUACGGAAUAUUGGACUGUGUGCAGGUCUGUGUCAUUACACGGCGUGUGGGUACAUGCUGAUUGCACACGCACAGUGCGGCGUCUCCUUUGAGGCUUGCGACGAGAAUGUCGAGACGAGUUGGGCCAUCCGAGAUCGUCUUUCCGGGGCGACGGUGGCUCGCAAGUACGCUCGAACGCUGUACUGGGCAUCACGGACGAUGGUUUUACUUGGAUAUGACGAUGGGACUCCAGUGUCGGAUGGAGAGACCGUCUAUGCGCUGGUUGUGACGCUUCUUGGAGCGCUUUUCGGGCCUUCACUUCUGGCAACUUUCUUUUUUAUCUUUCGCUUUCGGAAUAAACGAUACGCUGCCUUUGCGACCCACGUGGACAACGCUCGCGAGUAUUUGCGCUCUCAGAACAUUUCACGAGCUGUGCGACGUCAGGUGAUCGCGUACUUCAGCUACUGUUGGAGUACCCAUCACAGUCUUGACAGCGAAGAGGCACUUCAUUUGAUGCCCAAGCACCUCCAAACGAAGGUGAUUUCUACUCUCAAGGCGAGUCGUGUCAAGCAAGUGUGCUUCCUUAUGAAAGAAAGCGUCGAGUUCAUCAACUUACUCGCUCUCGCUCUUAUGCGCCGGGUGUACUCGCCAGGUGAUCAGAUCACGGAGCCCAAGUUCAAUGCUCAGAUGUUUUUUGUUAUUCGCGGUACAGUGGUGCUCUCGGCGUUCAACGGCUCCAACGCAAAGGAGUGUCAGACGGGAGACUUUUUUGCUGAUAGCUGUCUCCUGUUCCCAGAGAAGUAUGAGGAAAAGGCUGUAGCCAAGACUUUCUGUGAGCUUUACGUGCUCGCCAAGACGGAAUUUGAUGAAGCGGUGACGCAUUUCCAUCGAGGCCGUGAGCCAGAAGUGCGGGAUCGAAUGGCUGAGACAUGGAUCAAGUACUCGACACAGCUGCAGAAAACCAAAAAGCUGUUGGGUCUACGUGGCGGCCACGAGAACCGACGAAGGAACUCGCACAGUGGGAGUUCACACAGCGUUGCUAGCGAUGUUUUCUCCGGUGAUAGAAAGCGUGGCGUAAGCUGGCAGCUACCAGGCUCGGUUUUUCGUAUUUAUUGGGACACUGCUCGCUUGAUCGCGAUCGUGUACGCUGCGUUCGAAGUCCCUUUCUUCUCAGUGUUUAUCGCCAUGACUGAUGACCAAGGCGUGUUCGUCGAGGAGCCAGGGUUUGGCUUGCGUUAUGUAGUUACGCUGAUGGCUGAGGUGUUUUUCGCGACUGACCUGGUGCUUCGGUCUCGAUACUUUGCGUAUAUGGAUCAAAGCGUCAUGCUGGAGGUGGUACAGCCAGAUUUGAUCUUUGCCACCUAUCGCGCCAGUGGGUUUUAUCUUGAUCUCUUGGUGUGGCUACCUGUUGGAAUUGCUCUUGAUUCACUACCGAUCGAUACAAUUCGAGGACGUUUGUCUCUACUUCGCUUACUUCGACUGCUACGGGUGCGAGAAUUGCCCAACUUGCUGCAGAGUAUUAGCGAUUAUCACAGUAUCAGCUCCAAGACCCAUCUCGUUCUUUCCCUGCUACUGGGUGUGACUCUGAUGCUUCAUAUCGUGGGAUGCAUUUGGUUCGAAAUGGCUUGGACUGUACAAACAACAGCGUUGGAGCAUUUUAUUGAAGAAGAGAUGGCAGAUCUAUCACGGGCGGACUGUCUUCAAUAUGCGACGCGAUUUCAGAAUUGUUCGUGGGUAAAAUACGACUGCUACGCCCACAUCGGGGCAGUGUUCCCUCUCCAAGACCCGUCUACUAUGUACAAGCUCUCGUUUGCUUACCUACGUUCUGUUUACUGGGCUAUCGUGACUCUCACGGCUGUAGGUUAUGGAGAUAUCGUCGCGUUCUCAACUGCUGAGAGCUACUUUGCGGCGCUGUGGAUCUUUGUGGGCGGUAUCAUCAAUUUUGGCGUCGUGGGAGCCAUGUCAAGCACCAUUUCGAACGUGAUGGCGACGCGACAUCACCACGUGGAGAAGCUGAAUACACUCAACAGUCUAUUGGAGCGUAUGAAUAUCUCGGAGAAGCUAAGUGCAGAGAUCCGACGCUUCUAUCACCACCAGUUCGUGGAACACAAGCGUGCGUAUGAGUCCCAGUUGUUAUCGCACUUACCCGACCAGCUCUGCUAUCGGAUCUCCUCUCUGUUGCAUUCUGACGCUGUAAAAAGUGUCUCGCUCUUCGACUCGGCUAGUGGGGAGUUUCUUCACGAGAUUACGGGCAAGUUCCGACAUCGCAGCUUCCAGCACGGCGAGACUAUCUGCCUUGAAGGUGACAUCUGUCGGGAGUUUUUUGUAUUUCUCCACGGAAGUAAAGUCAACGUCUUUUACCACAUACGGAAGGUGCCGAUACGCGCGCUGCAUCCAGGUGAUAGCUACGGUGUCAGCGAGUUUCUAUUGAGAAGGACGUACACAGCCACGCUCACGGCUGCCUCACUCGUACACGCAUCUGUCAUGAGUCGCGAGCAGUUCGACGUUAUUCAGCGCAAGUUCGCCAGUGAUUUGAGUGAUGUUAAAGAGGAGGCUCAGGUAUUGUGGCUUGACCAGCAGAAGAGGAUGCGGCGGGUUGUGAAUAAUCUCGAGAGACUCAAGCUGCAGCCGCACAUGAUGCAGACGACGACGCUCUUCUUCCAACACGAUACGACCGUAACAUUAAACGGGAAAAGCGGGAAAGCUGCGGUACGCGAUGCUGAGGCGACGCGCACCACGUUUACGAGCACCUGGAACGCAAUUGUCACGUGCUGGAACAUCUACAACGCCUUCUUCGUCAUAUUCCGGAUCUGUUUCCACUCGCAUCUACAUUUUUCCAGCGGCAUCAGUACUGUCGUGUGGGUCGCAGAUCUCGCAUGUGACUUGUGUUUUGCUCUGGAUAUUUACUUACGACUUUACUACUUUGGAUGCCCUGAAGUGGGCUUUGAGAAUCUUCUUGACAGACAAGAGAAAGAUGCUCAUUACCUUCACAGCUCGACGUUUAGAUGGGAUUUGUUAGCGUCCUUGCCGCUCUAUGCCCCACUCGCUAGUGGAUCCAUGACUGCCAGUCUGUGUCGAUUGCCUCGACUAGUCCGAUGUGUGGAUCUCUUUGUCUAUAUGGACGACGUUAUCGUGCAGAUCCAGCAGCAUUUCGCGUCUCAGAAUGUGUCCGCGUACUUAAGUCCUGCAAAGCUGAUGAUCAUUCUGGUGCUGGGCGCUCACUUUGUCGGGUGUGUCUUCCUGUUGAUAUCUGAGCACGAAUGUGAGCAUGUGGAGCACUGCUGGAUGGCUCACGACCAUCUCCUACACGAGUACCAUCAUUCAGUCCCAAUACUCUACGCGAAAUCAUUUUAUUGGGCGAUAACGACGCUGCUGCUCGUGGGGUCAAGAGAAAGCGUUCCUCGUGAUACGGCAGGCACGCUUUGGACAGGUAUCACGUGCUUGGGUUGCACCUUCAUCAUUGGCCACAUCGUAGGAGAAAUUUCAGAGCUCAUCUUGGAACUGGGCAAGGAAACGAAGCACUACAAGAACCGGAUUGCAAGUUUUGAGAGUUUUGCCACGGAACACGAUCUUCCUGCUACGCUACAAGAGCGCGUCGGGUUUUUCUUUCGUCUGCAAUUUGAGCACACGGAGGGGCUUGAUUUGCAAAGUACAGUUCAUGAUCUAUCCGCAAACCUUCGACUGAAACUUAUGCUGGAGAUUUAUGGACGCGCCAUCUCGUUGCUACCCAUUAGCCGCUUCCUGACGCCCUCACAAAUCAAUAAUCUGGCGUUGCGUCUGCAGUCAGAGCUCUUCAUUCCAGGGGAUAAUAUCCUAGUGGAAGGAACUUACGGAAGUCGACUGUGUACACUGCGGAACGGAGUGGCGGCUGUCUUCUGGGCCACCUCAGUGACUAGUGUAGCCAUCCUUAUGGAGGGAGCUUUGUUCGGUGAGAUCGCCUUUUUUCUCUCUGGCCAACAACGACUGGCGACUGUGAAGGCGACGACGUCGUGUGAAGUGCUUUAUGUUACUAAACACGAUUGGAGAGAACUAUGGACGACCGACGGCGAUCUAUCGGAUACGCUAGUGCAGAAGCAUGCGUUGUACUCCAUUCUCAAUUGGGUUCACGGUCGACUCCUUCGCUACCAAAGGGCUAGCUUACGCUUCGCCAAGAAGGCCAAACCUCCUACGGCGACCGCAAGAGUCAGAAUGGUUCGUAGUAGGUCGUUGCCAUUGUUCGAAAGCAAAUAUUUCGUAGAAUUACACAGGGAGGGCGACAGAAGCUUGAAAGCACAUGAGGAAUACGCCAGCCGCGCAAGUAUCGACUUUGAGAUAAUCCAGCGAUGCCAGCGUCCGCAGUACACGACUCAGCUCCAGUGGUAUCAGCGAUACAGACGCUGGAGGAAUCGUCGUCGGACUAGCACUGGCCAGCGUGCUUCAUUAAGUGGGGGAUUGCAGCUGCCCAGCGACCAGGAUGACACCACUGACCCUCGAUCGCGAGAGUUCAUCAAACAAAUCAAGGAACUGGGCAGACUCUGGGACCUCGGCAUGCUUGGAAUAGCGACUUACAACCUGAUCGUCACCCCUUUCAAGCUAUGUUUCGCGACAGAUCUGACCGAGCUUUCUGGGUCUGUCCUUCGCUCUUGGUCAGGCUUUGAAGUUUUCUUGGACAUCCUCUGCGUCAUCGAUGUUGGAUACAAAAUUCGUUAUGCUUCUCUGACAAUCCACAGUGUCGGCGCCAGUUUGACAAAUUCACACCAAGGUAGUUGGAGACGAAUCUUCACGUCUAACCCAGCUCUUCACUAUGACAUUUUCGCCAUGCUACCCCUUGAAUUGUUACUAUUCGCAGCUGAUUUAAGGGUGCCUGGAAAGAAUUCGCUAUCCGGUGAACAUGCAGCUAAUGCCUGUUGGUGGACGACCCGCUGGCUGCUACGGAUGAAUCGCAUGCUCCUCGCACACAGGAUCGAGUCGUUGACAGAGAAACUUUUCCAGUACCUGAUCUACGACCGCAAGAUUUCAGCGAGUGAGGCUUUCUUGUAUUACCUCAGAGGCUUGGCGUCGUACGUCACAAUGGGUCAUCUCUUAGCGUGCAUUUGGUUUAUCACUAGUGAACUUGGCUUUCAGCACUACGGAACGUCGUGGUUAUCCACUUCUGCGACUUUUUACUUGGAGAGCGUAUCGCUGAGUCGCAAAUAUCUACGCUCGCUUUUGUUCUCGAUGGAGUGCAUCUCUACGCUCUUUUACGGUGACAUCUUGUCCAUGAACCCACUGGAGUUGGUAGCGGAGAUCGCAAUUACGCUGUGGAGUAUUUACAUUUACGGCGCGUUAGUUGGAGCCCAGGGCGAAUUACUAGAUGCACAGGCACGUCGUGAAGCUGCAUUUGAGCAGGGAUUGGGUGAAUUGCAGCACUAUUUGGUGGAGAACGAAGUGCCUAAGAAGCUCAAACGACAGAUCAAGUCAUACUACGCACGAGUGUGGCGUCGUCGUAGAGGCGAAAAGGAGUUUGCAGCCGUGGCUCACGUUUCCCACACUUUGCACGAAGACGUCGUGCUAGCCACUCUUCGUGGGUUUGCUGCCCGAGGCACCGCGUUUCGGUCGUUAGAUGAGCAUUUCCUUCGUGGCUUACUAGUGUGUUUAGAGUACGUGGUUUGCUCCGAAGGCGAAGAAGUAGCCAUGAAAGGUGACGUUGAUCGCAGCAUGUACUUCAUCGCCCAGGGUCGAAUCCUAGUAAAACUGGAGUGCGGUGAGUCGAUUCGUGAGCGUGGUGCGUUUUUCGGCGAGCUGGCGCUGCUUUACGGUGUUUCUCGCCUAGAAACGUGUGUGGCACUUGCUCUAACCGAACUCUACCGACUGGACCACCAGCCAUAUGAACAUUUACUACAAGACUUCCCGCAGUACCGCGAACGAAACAAACUCGCGUGGACGAGCCCAGACACUGCGGCUCCUGACCGCGCCAUGCUCGAGGCACUGGUGAUUAAUUUCCAGAGAGGAGGUGGAGAUUCAAUCGAGAGACCUACAACUGCAUCGGCUGCGAAUUCGGACGACGUAGUGGCCAACGCAGAGCGGAUUAACGCGGAUUUACCCUAUUCUCACAUCUCCAAGUUCAUCAUGGGAUUGCUGGCUCAGCUACAAAGAGUUGAUCCCUCUACUGGGGUUAGCCACCUCUCGCGAAGAGAUUGCGCGAAAUGA